GACACACAAGCAGGAAUAUCUCAGAAGGACAUCUAAUGUUAUCCCCGGAUUGUGACAUUAUACAGGAUUCUCCAGGAGAUAAUCCCAUUACCCCAAUUAUACAUCCAGCUCUAUCAGCUGAUCCCUCUGAUCCUGGGAAAUGUUCUCCUGAUCACUCUGAUAUUGGUGCAUCUGUUACAGCUCUGAGAGUAGAUACAGUGUUUCCAUGUUCUAUAGAUACCAAAUGUUUUACACAGAACACAAAGCUUAUUACCCAUCAUCCAGCUAAGGCAGGUGAGAGGCCACUGAUAUGUUCUGAGUGUGGGAAAUGUUUUGCAUGCAACUCAAAUCUUGCUACACAUCAGAGAAGUCACUCAGGUGAGAAUCCGUUUUCCUGUUCUGAGUGUGGGAAAUGUUUUGCAUUCAAAUCACAUUUUGUUACUCAUCAGCAUACUCACACAGGUGAGAAGCCGUAUUCCUGUUCUGAGUGUGGGAAAUGUUUUACACAGAAAUCAGCUCUUGUUACACAUCAGAGAAGUCACACAGGUGAGAAGCCGUAUUCCUGUUCUGAGUGUGGUAUAUGUUUUGCACAGAAACCAAAUCUUGUUACACAUCAGAGAAGUCACACAGGUGAGAAGCCGUAUUUCUGUUCUGAGUGUGGGAAAUGUUUCGCAGUUAAAUCACAUUUUGUUACUCAUCAGCAUACUCACACAGGUGAGAAGCCGUAUUCCUGUUCUGAGUGUGGGAAAUGUUUUACACAGAAAUCAGCUCUUGUUACACAUCAGAGAAGUCACACAGGUGAGAAGCCGUAUUCCUGUUCUGAGUGUGGUAUAUGUUUUGCACAGAAACCAAAUCUUGCUACACAUCAGAGAAGUCACUCAGGUGAGAAUCCGUUUUCCUGUUCUGAGUGUGGGAAAUGUUUUGCAUUCAAAUCACAUUUUGUUACUCAUCAGCAUACUCACACAGGUGAGAAGCCGUAUUCCUGUUCUGAGUGUGGGAAAUGUUUUACACAGAAAUCAGCUCUUGUUACACAUCAGAGAAGUCACACAGGUGAGAAGCCGUAUUCCUGUUCUGAGUGUGGUAUAUGUUUUGCACAGAAACCAAAUCUUGUUACACAUCAGAGAAGUCACACAGGUGAGAAGCCGUUUUCCUGUUCUGAGUGUGGGAAAUGUUUUACACAGAAAUCAGCUCUUGUUACACAUCAGAGAAGUCACACAGGUGAGAAGCCGUAUUCCUGUUCUGAGUGUGGUAUAUGUUUUGCACAGAAACCAAAUCUUGUUACACAUCAGAGAAGUCACACAGGUGAGAAGCCGUAUUUCUGUUCUGAGUGUGGGAAAUGUUUCGCAGUUAAAUCAGUUCUUGUUACACAUCAGAGAAGUCACACAGGUGAGAAGCCGUUUUCCUGUUCUGAGUGUGGGAAAUGUUUUACACAGAAAUCAGCUCUUGUUACACAUCAGAGAAGUCACACAGGUGAGAAGCCGUAUUCCUGUUCUGAGUGUGGUAAAUGUUUUGCACAGAAACCAAAUCUUGUUACACAUCAGAGAAGUCACACAGGUGAGAAGCCGUAUUUCUGUUCUGAGUGUGGGAAAUGUUUUACACAGAAAUCAGCUCUUGUUACACAUCAGAGAAGUCACACAGGUGAGAAGCCAUUUUCCUGUUCUGAGUGUGGUAAAUGUUUUGCACAGAAAUCACAUUUUGUUAUUCAUCAGCAUACUCACACAGGUGAGAAGCCGUAUUCCUGUUCUGAGUGUGGGAAAUGUUUUACACAGAAAUCAGCUCUUGUUACACAUCAGAGAAGUCACACAGGUGAGAAGCCGUAUUCCUGUUCUGAGUGUGGUAUAUGUUUUGCACAGAAACCAAAUCUUGCUACACAUCAGAGAACUCACUCAGGUGAGAAUCCGUUUUCCUGUUCUGAGUGUGGGAAAUGUUUUGCAUUCAAAUCACAUUUUGUUACUCAUCAGCAUACUCACACAGGUGAGAAGCCGUAUUCCUGUUCUGAGUGUGGGAAAUGUUUUACACAGAAAUCAGCUCUUGUUACACAUCAGAGAAGUCACACAGGUGAGAAGCCGUAUUCCUGUUCUGAGUGUGGUAUAUGUUUUGCACAGAAACCAAAUCUUGUUACACAUCAGAGAAGUCACACAGGUGAGAAGCCGUAUUUCUGUUCUGAGUGUGGGAAAUGUUUCGCAGUUAAAUCAGUUCUUGUUACACAUCAGAGAAGUCACACAGGUGAGAAGCCGUUUUCCUGUUCUGAGUGUGGGAAAUGUUUUACACAGAAAUCAGCUCUUGUUACACAUCAGAGAAGUCACACAGGUGAGAAGCCGUAUUCCUGUUCUGAGUGUGGUAAAUGUUUUGCACAGAAACCAAAUCUUGUUACACAUCAGAGAAGUCACACAGGUGAGAAGCCGUUUUCCUGUUCUGAGUGUGGGAAAUGUUUUACACAGAAAUCAGCUCUUGUUACACAUCAGAGAAGUCACACAGGUGAGAAGCCGUAUUCCUGUUCUGAGUGUGGUAUAUGUUUUGCACAGAAACCAAAUCUUGUUACACAUCAGAGAAGUCACACAGGUGAGAAGCCGUAUUUCUGUUCUGAGUGUGGGAAAUGUUUCGCAGUUAAAUCAGUUCUUGUUACACAUCAGAGAAGUCACACAGGUGAGAAGCCGUUUUCCUGUUCUGAGUGUGGGAAAUGUUUUACACAGAAAUCAGCUCUUGUUACACAUCAGAGAAGUCACACAGGUGAGAAGCCGUAUUCCUGUUCUGAGUGUGGUAAAUGUUUUGCACAGAAACCAAAUCUUGUUACACAUCAGAGAAGUCACACAGGUGAGAAGCCGUAUUUCUGUUCUGAGUGUGGGAAAUGUUUUACACAGAAAUCAGCUCUUGUUACACAUCAGAGAAGUCACACAGGUGAGAAGCCGUAUUCCUGUUCUGAGUGUGGUAAAUGUUUUGCACAGAAACCAAAUCUUGUUACACAUCAGAGAAGUCACACAGGUGAGAAGCCGUUUUCCUGUUCUGAGUGUGGGAAAUGUUUUGCAUGGAAAUCACAACUUGUUACACAUCAGCGAUUUCACAGGUGAGAAGCCGUUUUCAUGCUGUGAGAGAAAUAAAUCCGCUCUUGUUGAACAUAUUAGACAUUACCCAAAUACGGAACUAUUUACAUCUUCUGGAGUAUAAUUAUCACUGUCAUCCAAUGUUCCUCAAGGGUCAAUCCUAUCUCCUAUGCUUUAUAAAAUAUACAUGCUACCACUGGGUGAUAUAAUCAGACGUCAUGGCCUGGUCUACCACUGCUAUGCAGAUGACCUGCUUUUUGCUCCAUGUACUGAGAACCUAAUACCAAUCCUAAAUGGUUGUCUAGCUGAGCGCCAGGGGUGGAUAAUGCCAGUUGGCUGUGACUCAGUCUUUGUGAAACAUAAUAGAAGCUCACCAACAAAGGACAAGACUACAGCUUUACCAACCAUCUGGAUUUAUGCUUUGGUGUUCAGAAUUGCAAAAUACUGAACAUGUGCUGAAUCUUUGUGUUGUCCUGGUAUGUGGCUGACACAGACAUCAGGUAUCUGCCACAUACAAAUCCUCAUUCUUCCAUCUGUGGACCAUAGCCAGAAUCAAGCACUUGAUUCCCUCAGAAGUUCAUAGACUACUGCAAUGCCAUCUACCUGGGUCACCCAGCAAAAGAAUUACAGAGCUUGCAGCUAGUACAGAAUGCAGCAGCCAAGCUGUUACCUAACCCGUUCCUGCCACAUAACACCCAUUCUCUGCUCCCUUCACUGGCUGCCUGUAAGAUGACAAAUCUGUUUCAUAAUUGGCUAACUGACCUUCCCAGCCCAACAUAACAUGGUCCAAGGUACUAGAAGCAGCUUCUGCCUCCUUACUGCCCCGCUUGCUUGCUUCUACAGAUGAAGGACUGUUACCAGCAGUACCAAGAAUCUCCUGUCAUUCAUUUAUGGGUUGAAUGUUUAGCUUUGUAGCCCUGACCAUGGAACUCACUGCCUUGCACAGUCCAAGAGGCCUCCACUCUAGAGACCUUCACAAGCAGACUGAUGACUGUUACUCACGCUUUUCAUUAAUGUACCUCUAUUUCUCAUACGUCCUAGAGGAUGCUGGGGAUUCCAAAAGGACC